GUUUGUACAAUAGGCUUCUAGCACAAAGAAGAACUGUCAAAAAACUACCCCAACCCCCUCGACUCAAAACAGCAGAAUAGAGCCGGAUCUAACUGGCAACGAAACCGAAUGAUCCAUUUCGCCUCAAGACAAAGCUGAAUCGGAUCCCUUGCACUUCUUACUCCAUACAUUCUGGAACAGCGUUCCCGCCACACGAGACUUAGAACAAUGAACUAGGUCAUUCUAUUCAAAAUAACCUCAGUCCCUUUACCCUGCCAUUUAACCACACACCAUUGUAACACAGACUGUCAAUCACCCAAAUCUUGAGGACCUGCAAACUGCAAAAGAGAGGACAACAUACAUCUGACAUAUGAACAGCUCACAAACAAGUGAUAAUCGUGUUUCGUAACCACCUGGACAAAGUAAACAGAGUCUCGAAAGAUGUUUUCCCCACUCAAUCAGCUUAUCCUGCAAUUUCAGUCUGUCAUAAAUAAGAAGCCACAGAAUGAACCCAUGUCUAGGCACAAUGUGCUUACCCUAGACCAGGUCAACCCAUGGGACAUGACUUUCAUGCUGUCUCAUCGAGUUCCAGACUUUUUUUACCGAGUAGACCUUUAUUACAUCACCAUCCCAAGUCAGAUCAGUCCCAGUCUGCAAAAUGAAUGGCCUAGCCAGCUCACGACACUUCGGUAUUCUCCUCCAGAUCCAAGAGCCAGCGGCAGAAACCUUCAUGUCCCAAAUGGAGGACUGUUUGACUCGGUAAUGCCAAAUCCAGGCAACCCAGAUUGAGCCCUCCUCAGCAACAAUGGCUCAAAAAUGUCGAAGCACACAGGCUUUGUUCCAAAGAGAAAAAUCACGAAUGCCUAUGCCUCCUUCCGCUUUUGGGCGAGCAAGGAAUUUCCAGGAUGUUUCUGCUCUCUUCCUGACCGAGGAGUCAUCAAUGUCCCACAAGAACUUGUUGCAAACUAACUCAACUUAUUUAAUGGCAAAUUGAGGCAGAAGAAAAAUACUCAUCCAGAACUGUAACGUACUAGUCAAAACCGAAGAAAUUAAUUGAAGCCGACCAGCAAAACUCAGUGAUUUGACUCUCCAACUGCGAACUCUGGCAGUGAUCUUUUCCACUAGCACUCUACAUUCAGUACGAGUGAGCUUCCCAGUGAUUAAGGGAACCCCAAGAUAACGAACAUGGAGCUGCCCCAAUGGGAACUUAGAGACAGAAGAUAUAAACCGCUGCUCCUCCCCAGAAAUUCCCCCACAGAAUAAUUGACAUUUCUCUGGGUUGCACUUUAAACCCGAAAUAAUAUAGAACGCAUCCAAAACCCGACAUAUACCAGCCACCCCACGCACAGAACCAUUUGUAAAAACCAGCAAAUCAUCAGCAAAACAUAAGUGUGUUAUGGCUAAUGGUUAACAACGAGGAUUGAAGGAAACUUGGUUCUAUGUCACUGCCAACUUCGGCAUAGCAUCUAGGACUUCCAUGGCCACUGUAAACAAAUAAGGAGAUAAUGGAUCUCAUUGACGAAGCCCACGUUUCAUCGAAAAAACACCACAAGAGCCACCAUUCAAGCCUACACUAAUCUUUGAGCAACAGACAUAGGCUUUUAACCAGCCUAUGAACUGAACAGGAAAACCCAUCACUUCAAGUAUAGAAAAUAGAAAUGACCAAUCGAC